AGACCAAGCGGCCAGACCAACUCGCCACCUAGCAACAUGCGUAUCGGAGCUACAAUCCCCAACUUCCAGGCGGACUCAACCAAGGGUCCGAUCGAUUUCUACGAAUGGAUUGGUGACUCCUGGUGUGUUUUAUUUUCACACCCAGCCGAUUUCACGCCAGUUUGCACAACUGAGCUCGGAAGGAUCGCGGUACAUCAGCCACAUUUUGAGAAGCGUAAUGUGAAGGUCCUUGCACAUUCGGUAGACGAUCUCAAAUGUCAUGUGGAUUGGGUGAAUGACAUCAAGUCGUACUGUCCGGAUAUUAUUGGAAACUUUCCGUAUCCGAUCAUUGCCGACCCGAGUCGUGAUUUGGCCGUCCGGUUCGGUAUGCUGGAUGAGAAGGAUAAGGACAACGUGGAGCUGGCACAAACGGUGCGCGCCUUGUUCAUCAUUAGCCCCGACAAGAAAGUUCGCCUCACGAUGCACUAUCCAACUUCCACGGGCCGUAAUGUAGAUGAAAUUCUGCGCGUCAUCGACUCACUACAGCUGACCGACCGAUUGAAGGUGAUUGCGACGCCCGCCAACUGGACGCCCGGAACGAAGGUCAUGAUUCUGCCCAGUGUCAGCGAGGAGGAUGCGGACAAACUGUUCCCCAACGGAAUCGAACGUGUCUCGAUGCCCUCGGGCAAUGUUUACGUGCGGACCACAACGGAUUACAAGUAACCUUGCCGGUU